UUUGUGUGUGUGUUGUUGGUCACGCAGACACGGAGAGCUUGUCGGGCACGCCGGGGGGACGGAAGUUAUGGACGGAUGAGGAUAUGGACAAGGCGUUGGAUGCCUUGCGGAACGCUGUCAUGUCGCUUAGUAAAGCAGCGCACGUGUACGGCAUCCCUGCCACCACGUUGUGGCAACGGGCACACCGCAUGGGUAUCGAGACACCUAAGAAGGAGGGACCCAAUAAGACGUGGAGUGAACACGACCUUGCUGGUGCCCUGGAAGAGCUUCGCAGUGGUAGAAUGUCCGCAAAUAGAGCGUCCAAGGAGUUUGGCAUCCCAAAUUCCACAUUGUACAAGAUCGCCCGUAAGGAGGGCAUCAAGUUGUCAUCACCGUUCUCAGCCAUCCAGCCGUCUUGGAACCCUGAUGACUUGACCAAAGCCCUGGAUGCCAUCCGCGGGGGGAUGAGCGUCCAGAAAGCCGCUCAGGAAUUUGGUAUCCCCACGGGCACACUCUACGGGCGGUGUCGGAGGGAGGGCAUCGAACUCAGCAAAUACCAAGGUGUGCCAUGGUCAGAAGAAGACAUGAAGGAUGCCUUAGAAGCCGUACGGGUAGGCGAGAUGUCCAUCAACCAGGCUGCUAUACACUUUAAUCUGCCUUACUCUUCGUUGUACGGGCGCUUUAAGCGAGGUAAAUAUGAGGAUGGUUUGCCUCAUCAAGAUUUCUUACAUCAGGAGAUGACGAUAGAACAUUAUCCUGCAGAUGCACAGCAGACGUCUCAGAACCAACAGCAGCCGCUGCAGCAGUCGCAGCAGCAGGCAACACAACACACACCACCACCACCACCACAGCAGCAGCCUCAACAGCAGCAGCAGCAGCAGCAACAACAGCAGCAGCUCACUCCAGGACCUCCAUCGGAACAAUAUUGACUAGAU